AUGUCUAUUGGAAUCUCUCCAAAUAAAAGUCAAGAGCCAACUCCGACAAGUUCAUCCAGUUCCUCUAUAGCGUCACCAAGUUCACCAAGGAGAGACUCUCCGUCCACUCUUGAAGAGUCUUCGGAUGAAACGCCACCCAGAAAGUUUAAAUCCUUAAGGGACAUUUAUGAGUCUUGCCAAUUUGCUCUUACUGUUUCAAAUCCUAUAACUUAUGGAGAAGCAGCUGCAAAAGAAGAAUGGCAAAGAGCAAUGAUUGAAGAAUUGACAGCAAUUGAAAAGACCAGAACAUGGGAGAUGAUGGACUUGCCGGAAGGCAAAAAUGCAAUUGGUUUGAAGUGGGUAUUUAAGACAAAAUUUGGUGCAGAUGGAAAUAUACAAAAGCACAAAGCUCAGCUUGUGGCGAAGGGAUAUGCACAGCAACAUGCAUUUCUAAAUGGAGUUCUACAAGAGGAAGUUUAUGUAACUCAACCCGAAGGUUUCAUGAUUGAAGGCAAAGAGACAAAGCAAAAUGGAUUCUUAGGAAGUAAAAAUGAGCCCACUCUCUACGUGAGGAAGGAAGGUAAAAAUGAUUUCAUCAUUAUUUGUCUUUAUGUUGAUGAUAUCAUUUAUACAAGCUCCUCUAGUUCUCUUACGGCUGAGUUUAAAUCACGUAUGAUGCAUGAGUUUGAAAUGUCUGAUAUGGGUUUGCUGCAUUAUUUUCUUGGCCUUGAGGUCCAACAAGCAGAAGGUGGGAUUUUUAUUUCCCAAAGAAAAUAUGCCAAGGAUCUUCUUAAUAAAUUUGGCAUGCUUAAUUGUAAACCAGCAACUACACCCAUGAAUAUCAAUGAAAAAUUACAGUGUGAAGAUAGGGCAGAAAUGGCUGAUGCCAGAUUCAAAAGCUUGGUUGGUGGUUUAAUUUAUCUGACCUACACUCGACCCGAUAUUGCAUUUUUUGUUGGUAUGAUUUCCAGGUUUAUGCAACACCCUUCAAAGCUUCAUUUUGGAGCAGCGAAGUGGGUCUUGUGUUACAUCGCUGGAACUAUGGAUUAUGAGAUUUGGUACUCAAAAGUUUUCAAUUUCAAAUUAUGUGGGUUCACGAACAACGAUUGGGCAAGUUCGUUGAAUGAUAGGCGGAGUAUUUCAGCAAAUGUUUUUACUCUUGGAUCAGGAGUAAUCACUUGGAGCUCAAAGAAGUAA